GCUGCGCUGCUGGAGGCUGGAGCUCAUCCCUGACAACCCGCUGCAAGCCGAGGAGGAGCUCACACACACUUCGCCAAACUCCUUCUCAAGAGUUUCGGUUCGGUCUCGUUGGACGUGUCUUCGGUUUUUUCCGAGCAGCUGAAGUUCGGAGGGAACCAGGUGUUUAAGAAGCGAGUGACCCCCUUCCUUCCUUCCUUCCUUCCUUCCUCCCCACCCUUUGACUCCGCCUCCUCCGACAUGUCCUCCCAGGCCACGCCCAUCCAGGGGUCUCGACCCGUCACCCCUCCGCUGCCCACCGCGGGAUCCCCACGUUCUCCAGAGUCCCUGCAGCCUCCAGCCUGCAGACAUAGAGACCGCUCACCUUCCCCCAUGAGAGGCUACCUCAUCCCCAGCCCUCUGCCCACACGCAGAAACAGGACCUGCUCAGCGACGGCUCGUGCAGCGGAGGGUCCGAUGUUUAGCGGUGUGUGUAAAUAUUUUUCCCGCUCCAAAGGCCACGGCUUCAUCACGCCAUCGGACGGCGGCAGCGACAUCUUUGUCCACAUCUCAGACAUCGAGGGCGAGUACGUGCCGGUGGAAGGCGACGAAAUGAGCUACAAGAUCUGCUCCAUCCCUCCCAAAUACGAGAAGGUCCAGGCGGUGGAGGUGACCAUAACCCACCUGAACCCGGGCACCAAACACGAGACCUGGGCCGGACGCGUCGUCAGCAGCUGAACGCUGACCCUCGCCGGGGUGGGGAGGGAGGGAGGGACACUGGGAGGAAUGGAAAGGGGGCAAAAAGGGAAUAGUGGAUGUGAAGACGGAGGGGUGGGCGGAGGUAAUGUUCUCAGCUGUGUCCGAGGAGACGUGGCUGACGUCUCAACCUUCUCAUAACUGACUUAAAAUGUGGGAGCCUUCCUCAGCCGUUGUUGAGAAAUACUUUUUUGGGUUGGUUUGAGUGGUUUAUGAACAGAUUUCUGAUUUUUUUUUGUUUGUUUUUCAUAGAAAGACUUCUCAUUCUUGCUUAGAACUGUAGAGCUCCGUGUUGACAUUUGCUAGUGAAACUGGACUUGAGCUGCAAUUAUUCUUUUCCUAUAAAAAUCCUCUCUGAGAUGCGUUAUGGGACGGUUGAAAUUCACAGCGUUUUGGGGAGUAAACCAGCCGCCGAUGUGUUUCCAAACACCAGGCGGUUGUUUUCCAGGUAUGCUAUGUGUGCCUACUUCUAUGCAGAGGACUUCCACCUCUGCUUGUGCCUACUUAUAUCCAUCUAUAAUCUGUAUUCGGUCAUGUUUGGGUGGCUAUAUAAGUGAAUUAAAGCAUUUUCAAACCUGUAAA